AUGAAGCUUCUUCCUAUCUUCACAUCGACCAUCAUGCUUAGCUGCUGCAUUGCGCAGCUCUUGACCUUCUCGGUGCAGCAGGCAGAGACGAUGGACAUGCACGUAGGCAGGCUCACGGUCCUGCCGGCGUCGCUGCCGGUCUUCCCCGUCGUCUUCACCAUGGCCAUCGCGCCGCUAUAUGACCACGCAAUCGUGCCCCUCGCGCGCCGCGCGACGGGGAACGAGAUAGGCAUCACGCACUUGCAGAGGAUCGGGUUCGGGCUGGUGCUCUUGGUAGUAGCGAUGGCGAUGGCGGUGGUGGCGAAGGCGAAGCGGGUGGCGAGGCAGGUGGGGGAGGGGUCUGAGGGCCCGCUGUCGAUCACAUUCUUCUGGGUGGCGUUCCAAUACCUUUUCUUGGGCUCGGUGGACUUGUUCACGCUAGUUGGGCCGCUGGAGUUCUUCUUCAGCGAGGCGUCGGCGACGAUGCGGUCGCUGGCGACGUCACUGUCGUGGGCGUCACUGGCGUCGGGAUACUACCUGAGCUCGGUGCUGGUGUCGGUGGUGAACCGGGUGACACGCGACGGAGGGCGCGGGAGAUGGCUGUCGGGGGACAGCCUCAACCAGUACCAUCUCUCCCAUAGGGUCGCGCGACACCGUGUCGUCGCGAUGUAG